AUGAUGCCCCAUAUUAAGCAAAUUGCUACUGGCAGGCGUAAGCCUUAUAUGACACGGAAAGAAUUCUUUGACCAUCGAUUCCGUAUCCACGGUAGCAUCUCUGAUGCUACAGAGGAUAAGGACCAGAAGCCUCACAAGUACAUCCAGACCCAGGUCUUUGACUCAUCCUUUGGAUCCCGCCCUGGUGGCCCCUUGAACGCCAACCAUAACUGGGUUGGAAGAGACGACACCACGGAACUAUUCUUCCGAGAUUGGGAGCAUGUCCAGAAAUGCUUUUCCAGCGACUAUGUCAAGACAACUAUCGCACCAGAUGGGCCUUUGUUCGCAGAUUUUGAAACGAGUGUUGCUCUCAUGGCAUACGAGAAGAACAUUCCACUGCAAACCGCGGCUGCUGUGAAGCGAGCUGCGUCUGUAGCAGGUGCUAUGGAUUCCGGCGACUCUACUGUUGCCAUGUAUUUCAUAUCCACACCAGAUGAAAGAAAGGACGGAGAGAGCCUGGAGCAGACGAUAACCCCUCGUUUGGUUGACGCCAUCAACUCUUGCUGCCAGGAUCAAAUCUGGGGACUGAUUUGCAACGUCGGUGCUGUUUCUGACCAGUUUGACUUAAACUCUUAUUUCGGCGGCGCAAACAUGCCCCAAUAUGCACUUGUCUAUAAGAUCUUUCUUGAUGGCCCUGAAUCAGUUCCGCUGGUAAGGAAGGCCCAGGCGAAGUUUGAGAAGCAUGCUGCAGACGAGUCCAUUAUUGACCUACACAAAUCCUUCAUCCUCUUCUCACAAGAGGCUCUCGUCAUGGAUGUUGGAAAGGGAGUAAGGUUCAGCUACGAUCGUCAGCCAGUUUUUGGAGACCUACCUGGUCCAUCUCACCUUGACGAAGAGCGAUAG